GGUAUUUCUGAGUUACAGACAUAGCAAUCGGGAAGAGAAAGGGAGAGCUAGAAGCCCUUCCCCUAAAAAGAGCUAUCGACGACAGCAUACUCCGGGUUACACAAGAAAGAUCUCUCCAGAGGAACUAGAGCGUAAACGCCAGGAAAUGAUGGAAAAUGCCAAGUGGCGGGAAGAGGAGAGAGCGAACAACCUCAGGAAACACCGAAAGGAGGAGGAGCUGGAGCGAGAACUGGAGAAACUCGACUCCCGAGAUGGGAAGUUCUUCAAUCGCUUAAAACUCGAGAGUGCGUCUACCUCCACCCUAGAAGAUCGGGUGAAACGCAAUAUCCACUCCCUUCAGAGGACGCCCGCUGCCUUGGAAAAAAACUUUAUGCAGAGAUGA